AUGGUGAUGGCUUUAUUUUUAAUUUUUUUUUAUUUUUUAUUUUUUGCUUUUUUUUUUUUAAUAAUUAUAAUUUACAUUUUCUUUUUUUUUUUUUUCUUUUAUUUUUUUCCUUUAUUUUUUUCUUUUUUUUUUGAAUUUAUUACAAAAAUUCUAAUUCCAUAA